ACAAGUGCUUAACUAUGGUUACACAUCUCACAAUAUCAGGAAUCUCAUUUGCAAAUAGCGUCUCCGCGUCUAUUCAAAAUUUUUUUCCCUACACAACAUCCAACUUGUUACUCCAUCCCCUUCUAUAUGAUAUAGAUAUCCUAACAUCCUACAUCACUCUCCUCAAAAUAAGAUACGAAAUUUCUCUUUUUCAAACUUGUGCGACUUCGUUCUCUUUCUUUCAAGCCUACCUGGGUUGGUAAAAUCGAAAUACUUACACUAUAAGGGGGUCCUAAUUCUAACAAACAGAGAAAAUGAAGCGUGUUCACCAACUUCUCGAAAGAGUCGACUCCUUUCUGGAGAACGCCGGUCGAAGCUCAGCUGGACUAUUGGGGGAUAUUCAUGGACAUGAGUUGACUUUGGCUUUGACAGCGGAGGACAUGAACGAGGCAGCAUCGGCCGAAGUGGAUGGCAGUGUGGAGGACAAGGUACAUUGAAGACUUUUACGGAACGAGCAUCUGUAUUGCGCUUGAGAAAGGACUUUAUGUGUUGCUACAGUAGUGAAUUUUAGGUGUCGCUUAAGUAGUGAAUUUUAGCUGUCGCUCAAGUAGUGACUUUAUGUGUCGCUUACCUGCCUCGCCCUAAGUCCCGUAUCUGCCUCGCCCUGAGCCCCUUAUCUCCCUCGCCAUAAGUCCCGUAUCUGCCUCGCCCUAAGUCCCGUAUCUGCCUCGCCAUAAGUCCCGUAUCUGCCUCGCCAUAAGUCCCGUAUCUGCCUCGCCCUAAGUCCCUUAUCUGCCUCGCCAUAAGUCCCGUAUCUGCCUCGCCCUAAGUCCCGUAUGUGCCUCGCACCACUACAGUAUGUGCCUCGGUCGGGGCGAAUCCCUUAUCUGCCUCGAUCCGAGUCCCUUGGCUGCGCUACUGUAUGCUUAGAUAAAGGAUAUUAACUAGUAUGGACCUCGUUGUUACAGCUUUUACGAUGGAAACUUCUUAAAACCACAACUACUCAGCUGGGGAAUCUCCGCAAUACCCGUGAACAAAUCGACGCCAAGAUGCUUGCUGUUCGCCAACAUGCUCGUGACAGUGGAGUCUACUCCAAAGUGAUGGGUCACAAGCUUUCCCUGCGCGCAGCAGAAGGCGAAGCUACUCGCGUUACCUUUGGAAACAUCGAACUCAGAAGCGGAGGUGGAACCGUUUACGAAGGGGCUGCGAUUGGAGGAGGAGAGGUGUCUUCUGCCCAAGAACGGGAAAGCAAAGCUCAAUACAAGAUUCGCACGACGCAAAACCGACGUGCAGAUCAAUGGGAAGCUGGGGAGUACUUGUGGCAGCCAGAAGAGCGGUUUGACGAUUCUGUGCGUGACAGUUUGUUCAACGAAGCAGCGGCUCAACAAGGGGAGACAACUGAGGUCGCGAGAGGCACUCGUAUCUCUGCAUCAUCUACUCGUCCUGGUGCAGCUACAGCUAAAAAUGCUCGUGCAUCUUCUCGUAAAAGCACCUCAACCGAGGCAACGUUUACUGCCUGGAACCAAAGUCGCUUUGCCAAUGCUGGCAUGUUGAAGGAUUUUACGAACCGUUUUCAUGCGUUUGAUGAGAAUGCUGAUGGUCGUGCAAGAAAUAUCAAACUCG